GCCUUUCCUGGCGUCGCUUAUUUAGCGUGAGUGCGUGUCAUCCGCCGAACCGAAUCGCUCUGCAGCCUGUCGGCGUCCUGAUGGCCACUGCCACUAGCACACAACAGGUCGCUGUUACGCUCAACCCUGUGCCGGGCUUCUGUGUCAAAUCUAAAGCCACGAACGACACAGUAGUGCAUCCGUCGACUGCUGACAGAGCAGGCGUUUCACGGGACGCUCAGAUUAACCGAGCUUCGCCCUUGAUUCCGGUCACAAAAGGCCUCAAAAUCUUUGUAAACAUAGCAUGGGAUUCGAACGUGCCUCCUCCUCCGCAGGGAAGCGAGGAGGCGAUACAACAUGCCAUGCGAGGCCUCCAUAUCGAUGAAUCUAAUCCAGAGAGCUGGUUCGUCCCACUUGUUGUAUCUGAUGCCCGCCGUGACUCCGACAAAGCCGGCCAGCCCUCCAUCGUCUUCGACGCGAUAUUCAGCCCUUCCAUCAAGUCCCGCGCAUUAAAAGAUGUUGAUUUCAAGUUUUUCAUCAUUGAGCUUGCCUUCCAGCGCAUCGAAGCACAGACAACUAUUAUCCUUUCUCGGCAGAUUGGUACACCCAACAUAGCCUCCAAGGGAAAGCCCCAAGCGCGACAAGUCUUGGUACCUGCAACACUAUAUCCGCCCGGCCACCCGAACCACCGUGCACCUGCCAAACUCAUUCAAGAAAUCCCACCCCGCCCUACGGCCGAGUCUACACCUGAAAGCACUCUGAAGAACCAACAGUCAUCGACUAGCAUGGCCCCUAAAAUUCCGUCGUGGUCUUGGAGUGAAGAAAACUCAAAGUUACGUAUCGUAAUCAAUGUUCCUGCAUUGACGCAUGCAGCUAUCCCGCUUUCCACUCUCGAUGUCGAGCCUAGACGCAUACUGCUAUCUGUCCCAUCGUUGUAUAACCUUGACAUCGACCUCAGUGCUUCAGAUGCCGAUCUCACUGCCACCUUCGCCGAACCAGACUCGUCGAUGCAGGCGCUGACUUUGAAACGCAAACGAGAUCUCGAUGUUGACAAUGCAAAGGCUGAGUGGCGUGUCGCAGAUAAAACGAUCGUACUCCACGCCUGAUUUGUCAUAGCGUUUACACCGUUUAAACACACCGGAUUUUUAACACUGCCCCAAAUGCCUCUAUUCAAAUCAGCAACAACGUUGCAUUGAUAUCAAACCAGCAGUACCUCGCCGUAUUCUCUCGGACGCACGUUGGCGCCGCACGUGGGGAACAGCCCCUACAUGCGCUUCUUAUAACCCCGUAAUAUCACCUCAUGGUAAUGGAUUUGGCAAUUUUCCGACUUUCA